AUGUCAGCCACAGAAGAAUUGAAAAUAAAGACACGUUCAAUAACUAAGGAAUAUGAUGUUUAUUGGAAUCACAACUUGGGGACUGGUGUCAGUGGUCCUGUCAGAUUAUGUACAGAGAAAUCAAGUGGUAAAAAGUUUGCUGUGAAAUGUUUGAUUGACAGUUCUAAGUCUAGGAGAGAGGUUAAAAUACAUUGGUUAUGUAGAAAUCACAGGAAUAUAGUUGAUUUACAAGAUGUUUAUUGUAAUAAUAUUAGAUUUCCAAAAGAAAAGGAACACAAAACUAGAUUAUUAGUGGUGUUAGAGUUAAUGGAAGGAGGAGAAUUGUUUGAUGAAAUUAGUAAACAAAGAAAUUUUACAGAGAAAAGAGCAGCUGAUUAUCUUUCUCAGGUAAAGUUAAAAGAGUUUAUCAAAAUAAAAAUGAUCUUAAAGGGACAGAUUUGUCAAGCAGUACAUCAUUGUCAUACAUCUAAUAUAGCACAUAGAGAUCUAAAACCUGAAAACCUCUUACUGUCAGACCAUUCCAAUAAUGCUGUAUUGAAGUUAACAGAUUUUGGAUUUGCUAAAUUUGAUGAAGAUUUAAAAACACCAUAUUUUACUCCAUAUUAUGUUGCUCCUCAGGUAUUAAAGGCACAUAUAGAAAAAAGGAAGAAACAAUCUGAUCCUAGUUUAACACCAGGUUAUCCCUGUUUUUAUGAUAAAAGCUGUGAUAUGUGGAGUAUAGGUGUUAUUUUAUACAUCAUGUUAUGUGGUUAUCCCCCUUUCUACUCACAAACCUCAAGCAGAAGUCUCAGUCCAAAAAUGAGGAAAAAAAUAUUAUCUGGCGUUUAUGAAUUUCCUGAAAAAGAUUGGAAUCACAUCUCAGACUCUGCCAAAGAUAUUAUCAGAAGAUUACUACAUGUAGAUCCAGCUUGCAGAAUGACAAUAGAUGAAUUGAUAAUACAUCCUUGGAUACUCAAUCCUUCUGAAAACAAGUUAAACUCACCACAUAUACUAGCUGAUAAAGAUAGUUUAGAAGAAGUGAAAUUAGUACAUGGAGAAAAAUUAACAGUACUAAGAUUAGGUAGUACUAAAUUAUGUUUGAAAUCACUAGAUACAGCUAAUAAUCCUAUUAUUAAAAAACGACAACACAGGUCCACAGUUGAACAGGAACAACAAAACACAGGAGAAGAACCACCUGAGAAAUCUACCCUCACAAAUAAAGUUAGUUGA